CACUAGACAGCACUUUAAUCCUGAGUUACGAAUGCCCAUCUGCAAGGAACGCUAUCUGUUGGGUUUUGAGAUGUCUGAGGUUCAGGUGUUAGACAGAUCCGUACUUGUAUUGAUUGAUCACUGCAACGAGAUGAAGCGGCAAGAAAGUAUCUCCCGGAUUGUCACUUGCUUUGUAUUUGUGGUUUUCAGCGGAAUUUUUUUCUUGUUCCUUCAAACGCACAGCUCUCUGGACUGCAAGCACAACAAAAACGAUUUGGAACACAGUACAAGUGCCCAUUACCAGCCAGAAAUUGAAUCCCGUCCAAAUGCGCACCUGACAGCUCUAAAUUGUUCCAUGCAAAACACUGAGUAUCUUGAAUGGGAAACAAGAAAAGGAGAUGCUCACCUCCACAUGUUUAAUUAUAGUAACAAGGCCCUCAUAGCUCCUCAGGAUGGCAAUUACUCCAUCUACCUGCAGAUCACAUACAGAAUGUACGAGGACUACCACUGUAACCCCAGAAACCUGCUUCAACUUAAACAAGAGGUGUUUCACCGAUCUGACCGCUACCCUGAUCAAACGGUCCUCAUGAUGGCAUUGGACUCCAUAAACUGCAGCGAGAAAACCUGGAGGAAAUCACUCUAUAUGUCUCGUGUGUUCUCCUUGGAGAAGGGUGAUCAGCUGAAGGUGAAAGUGGGACACCUGAAACUAAUUGACUGCAAUGAGAAGAAAGUGUUUUUUGGUGCUUUUCUGAUUUAGGGAGGGUCAUUUAUUGUUAAUUAAAUUUUUGGAAAUAUUGUUUUAUUUGUGUCGACAAUAUUAUAAGAAUAUAUUCCUUUUGAGGACAUUUUUAUACUUGUUUCUGUAUUGAAUUGGCCGGGCAACUGAUUGCAUGCUGAAAACGUAAUUUAGUUUAAAAAGUUACUGACAUGCUCACCAAAAUCAUAUUCAUUGAUAAUUCUUUUUGCAGUGUGUGCUGUCUGAGUCACAUUUAAAUUAUUUUUUCCUGUGUUUAAUGCUAAAUAAAGCCAAAAAACAAACUGCAUCACAAUUUACAAUAUAUAUUGCUUGUACACUUGCCCAAUAUUGGCCAUCUCCACUGACCAACUGACUCACACCUCACUAUUAGUCUGUUGUUUUGCUUGUAAAUAUAUAACCUUUGUAUUUUGUAAUAAAAUUAUUUUUUAUUUUACAAUUGUUGGGUGUCUCAGUUUAAAUAGUUACCAUCUCCUUCUGUAUCAGUUUAAACAUGAUAAAUAUAUACUUUAUUUGGUACACCUCUCUAGUACUCUAAAGG